AUGACCGGCUCCUGCUGCGGCCCCACCUUCUCCUCCCUCAGCUGUGGCGGAGGCUGCCUCCAGCCCUGCUGCUACCGCGACCCCUGCUGCUGCCGCCCAGUGUCCUGCCAGACCACCGUGAGCCGCCCCGUGACCUGCGUGCCCCGCUGCACGCGCCCCAUCUGCGAGCCCUGCCGCCGCUCGGUCUGCUGCGACCCCUGCAGCCUGCAGGAGGGCUGCUGCCGCCCCAUCACCUGCUGCCCCACGUCCUGCCAGGCCGUGGUCUGCCGCCCCUGCUGCUGGGCCACCACGUGCUGCCAGCCCGUCUCUGUGCAGUCCCCGUGUUGCCGCCCCACCUGCUGCCAGCCGGCCCCCUGCCGCACCACCUGCCGCACCACCUGCCGCACCUGCAGGACCUCCCCCUGCUGCUGA